GCCCGGAGGAAGGCAAACGCGACCCAGGCCCGGCGCGAGGGUUGCCUUUGGGAAACGUGGGACUUAAGGAGGGGCCGCUUUCUGCGCCCCUCCUCACGCUUCAACCCCAAGAAAGACUCUAGUCCUCUCCAGACCCAAACACCAUUCUCCUCGACAAUCACUGUCACUCUUUCAGAGACAGAGCGAAACCACCAACGGUGGUUUCAGCAAUGGCCCCAUCCUGAUUCCUGGCCCAGCAGUGCAGCUGAGCUGGGCUGGAACCACCCCCCUGGAGCUCCCUCAGCCUGCAACCUAGGAGGUUCCCCGUCUGAAUAACAGGAGUCAGCCGUUCAUUCCACACAAAUUUAUUGCGCACCUGCUGUGUGCCAGGUACUGAGCCGUGUUCUGGGUGUACAGCAGGGAACAAAACAGACAAAACAAGAGACAAGAUAAGUAAAAUCUACGUGAGAACUACGAGGGGAGGAAAAUAGCCCAGGGAUGGGACAUAGGAAGUAUGUGGGUGAUAGGGAGAGGCAUUUUUAAGUAGGGUGGCCAAAGGAAGGGAUCACUGGACAGGUGACAUUUGAGCAAAGACCUGAAAGCCAGGGGAGAAGGCAUGCAGCUGCUACCUGAGGGAGAGCAUCCAGGCAGAGGGAACAGCCAGUGCCACAGCUGGGGUCUCCCGCGUGUAUUUGGAGAAUGGUGUUUGGUGGCCCACGUGGCUGCAGCUGAGCGGGCAAGUGGGAGAGGGUGGGGGAUCACGUGGAGCCUUGUGGGUCCCAGCGAAGACUUUGGCUUUUCCUUUGAGUGAGUCUCAAGCCACAGAAGGCUUGGGCAGACGCAGGACAGAAUCUAAUUGAAGACUGAACAGGAUCCUUCUGGGCUCUGAGUGGGGCACAGACCAUAGGAGACAAGGCCGAAGCAGGAGGAAGUUCUCUUUAGAAUUGUUAGAAGAUUCUGAAACCAUCUAAAGCUCUCUCCUCUGUUUCUGUGUACCUGAGCGCUAAAAUUCUAAGAUUUUUAAGACCCCGAAGAUUCUGCGGUCCCAACGGUUCCUUCCCCGCGAAGUAAUGUGAGUUGACCAAGCUCAGGGGUAUUGUCUGUCUCUGUGUGUUAUGUGUCCACAGCUGUUUCCCUGGGCCCUUAGGACAGUGUGUGGUAUGUUGGAGUUCCACAACCUGGCAGGAUGGAAGGAAGGAGGGACUGAUCGAAGGUCCAGAAGGCAGUUCCAAGGUUCUGAAGAGUAACAAGUCGCUCUGAAAGUGCAACUCAGACUCUUAAGUGCCAUCUGAGUUGGGUCAGAGAAGGGCAGGCAGGAUACCCGGGAAGCCCAGCUAAGGGCCUGACUUCAGCCCCAUGCGGCUCACCCGCUGCCAGGCUGCUCUGGCAGCCGCCAUCACUUUCAACCUCUUGGUCCUGUUCUAUGUCUCGUGGCUGCAGCACCAGCCCAGGUACUCCCCGGCCAGGGGCUCUCGCCGUGGAUCUGCCUCCGGCCCCCGGGUCACCAUCUUGGUGCGGGAGUUCGAGGCCUUUGACAACGCGGUGCCAGAGCUGGUGGACUCCUUCCUGCAGCAGGACCCAGCCCAGCCGGUGGUGGUGGCAGCUGACACGCUCCCCUACCCGCCUCUCGCCCUGCCCCGCAUCCCCAGCGUUCGCCUGGCACUGCUCCAGCCCGCCCUGGACCGGCCCGCUGCAGCCUCGCGCCCCGAGACCUACGUGGCCACCGAGUACGUGGCCCUGGUGCCCGACGGGGCGAGAGCCGAGGCACCGGGCCAGCUGAAGCGCAUGGCCGAGGUGCUGCGAGCGGGAGGCGCACGCCUGGUGGCCGCUCCCGUUGCUUCGGCCAACCCUGCCCGGUGCCUGGCCCUGAACGUCAGCCUGCGGGAGUGGACGGCGCACUACGGCCCGGCACCCUCCGCACCCCGCUGCGACGCCCUGGACGGGGACGCCGUGGUUCUCCUGCGCGCCCGCGACCUCUUCAACCUCUCGGCGCCCCUGGCCCGGCCCGUGGGCACUGGCCUCUUCCUGCAGACCGCCCUCCGCGGCUGGACGGUGCGGCUGCUGGACCUGCCCUUUGCCAGGGCGCGCCAGCCCCCGCUGACCACGGCCCAUGCGCGCUGGAAGGCGGAGCGCGAGGGGCGGGCGCGGCGGGCGGCGCUGCUGCGGGCGCUGGGCAUCCGCCUGGUGAGCUGGGAGGGCGGGCGGCUCGAGUGGUUCGGAUGCAACAAGGAGACCCCGCGCUGCUUCGGGACAGUGGUGGGCGACACGCCGGCCUACCUGUACGAGGCGCGCUGGACACCCCCGUGCUGCCUGCGCGCGCUGCGUGAGACGGCGCGCUACGUGGUGGGCGUGCUGGAGGCGGCCGGCGUGCGCUACUGGCUGGAGGGUGGCUCGCUGCUGGGGGCAGCCCGCCACGGAGACAUCAUCCCGUGGGACUACGACGUGGACCUGGGCAUCUACCUGGAGGACGUGGGCAACUGCGAGCAGCUGCGGGGCGCCGAGGCGGGCUCGGUGGUGGAUGAGCGCGGCUUCGUGUGGGAGAAGGCGGUGGAGGGCGACUUCUUCCGCGUGCAGUACAGCGAGAGCAACCACCUGCACGUGGACCUGUGGCCCUUCUACCCUCGAAACGGGGUCAUGACCAAGGACACGUGGCUGGACCACCGGCAGGAUGUCGAGUUCCCCGAACACUUCCUGCAGCCUCUCGUGCCCCUGCCCUUUGCCGGCUUCGUGGUGCAGGCACCUAACAACUACCGCCGCUUCCUGGAGCUCAAGUUCGGCCCCGGGGUCAUCGAGAACCCUGAAUACCCCAACCCAGCGCUCCUGAGUUUGGCAGGAAGCAGCUGAGGC